AGAUGGAUUAGAAGAGUAGAUGAUAACGGGAAUCAGAAACUAAGUUUAGAAGAGUUUGAAGAAGGAUUAAGAGAUCAAGGGAUGAAAGAUUUAAACAAGGAAGAGAUGAGAGAAGUAUUUAAUAGAUUUGAUAAAGAUGGAAGUGGACAGGUCAACGUUACAGAAUUUUUACUCAUGAUGCAGCCCAAAAUGUCUGAUAGAAGAAUGCGACUGGUAAAAGCAGCUUUUGAUAAAUUAAACACAGACAGAGGUGAUAAAAUAAUUACUACUGGAGAUUUAGAAACAGUCUACGAUUAUUCCAAACAUCCUAAAUAUGUAAACGGUGACUGGAAUGGUAAAAGAUGUCUGCGAGAAUUCCUGGAUUCUUUUGAUGAUAAAAACCAGCCUGAUGGAAAGGUGAGUUGUCUGGUUGUGUCUAAAACCAGCUAG